AGGGUAAAAAAGUAUAUCAUUCGAUUCGGUUUUCGACGCAAACUCCGAAUAUGAUAUUUUUAUUGCAUAAAAAAUGAGUUCUGAUGGAGAAAAUAGAGAAUUACGGGCAGAAUUGUGAUUGUUUCGCCCGUGAUUGAGAAAGAAUGUACUUUCUCAGAAAUGAAACAAAUUUUUGGAAAAAGCGAUGCAUACUUUUGUUCGCCUUUAAAUGCUGAUUGGAAUAGCUUAUGACGAUCGGAGAAAACUUUCAAAACCAGGGAGGAGAUAGGUUUGCGAGAAAGGUUGCUGAUUUUGUCGAGUGCUUACUCUUGCCAAGAUUGUGCAACACAGGUAUUUUGUUUUUUGUGACUCAAAGGUGAAUGAUUAGACUCAGUUUUGGAUGGGGAAUCCGAAUAUAUCAAAUUCGAAAGAUUACAGUCAGCGGAAGCGGUCACAAUCUCAAGUUUUCUCAGAGUGAUGCAAAUCUUUUGUUUUGUCGGUGCUCUUAGUAUUUUGAGAAUUUCUCCCCAAAAACUUGAUCGAAUUCGAAUAAUAUUUGGAAGUCUACGUUCAAGUGUCUUUUAGACGUUUUUGCAUUUGAUAUUCACAGUAUAUUUUAUAAUUUUAUUUAUUUUCAGUUGAAAGUGAAUCGUUUGAAGAAUCGGGCAUAUCGCAAUCGUCAUUAACAAUAAUUCGUCAUUUAACAGCAAUAAAAGACGAAAUAAAUGAUAUUAAUGAAAAAAAUCCAAUGGACGCAAGCAUCCUGAAAUUGUGUAAAAAGGUUAUUUUAUACAAAACAGUUGUAUUUUCUAAAACUAUAUUAAAUGAUUUACACCUGGGUGUAAACGUAGAAAAAGUUCUGAUGCAUUUGCAAAUACGUGGCAUCAUUCAACAUGGCAAAUUUUUACAAAAUUCCAAGUCGUCCCUUGAUUCAUAUAUAAAGAAAUUGCCAAUAUCACAUAAUGUAGUGGAAGAAGAAAUAUUUAGUAAGCGAUUAUCCACAUUUGAAAUCACAUUGGAAGAAUAUAUGAACACGGUCAACAUCAUAGCAUUAUCACCCAAAUUAAAAUGUUACUUGUCAAAUCUUGGCAAAAACGUUCUUCAAAGUCCACCAUAUGAUGCAUUAAAUAUAGAAAUAUUAGAAAACGCUAUACAUACAAGAAAUGAACAAGAAAAUGAAUUUCUUAAACAAAAUGAAGAAAAUGAAAAAGAUAGGAAUGAAUCAGUUGCAAGUCAACGACAAUCAACAAAUCAAGAAAGUUCGACAGUCAGUCGGAAGCGCAAGUCAAAAUCAACGGUCUCAGAUGAAGAAACAUUACCAAUAAAACGUGUACGUAAACCAAGCGCUAAAGGUGAAGGAUUUGCAAAUGAUAAAUCUAAGAAAAAAUAA